ACAAAAUUACAUACGCCACCCAUAGAUAUAUAUAGAGAGAGAGAUAGAGAGAGAGGAAGAAGAAAAGAUGGUGACGUUGGUGGUGGCGACAACUACCGAUCCGGCCUCAAUCGGCCCCGCCUCCGCCCUCCUCGCCAUGCCCGGUUGGCAGCCUGGUCUCUCCUUCGAGGGCAUAACAAGCUUCGUUAAUGAAGAUGUGAGAUUGUUACAACACGAUAAGGGCAUAGUCGAAGAGGAUCACUUGGACAAGCGUUGGGAACAAGCCUCCUCUGAGGUCGUCCACGAGCUCAUUUUCCUCAGCAAACACACCGCUGUCUCAAACCGCCCAGCCCUCACUAUUCACCCAAUUGGAGUGCCACAUUUGCGCCAAGGGGAUGUGCCACUGCAAGGUGGCAAGCCUGGAUGGGCAGCACCACCGAGUCCUCGGAUGGCGCCAUGGCUCAAACUCUUGAAGACAAUUGCCGAAUCCCGUGGUUUAAUUCCUGAGUUUGAGAUUACGUUGGAAGCUACUCAUCAUGGACCAGAGACAAAUACACCAACAAUGUUUGUGGAGAUUGGCAGCACAGAAGAGCACUGGAGGAGGCAGGAUGCAGCCCAGGUCAUUUCUCUAUUAAUUUGGGAAGGACUUGGGAUUGGAGGAGGCACUCCUGUUGGAAACUGGAGCAGCAAUAAUGACAAGAACAAAGUUCUUCUGGGUAUAGGAGGUGGACAUUAUGUACCUCGGCACAUGGAUAUAGUUCAGAAAGAUGGUGUUUGGGUGGGUCAUCUUCUUUCUGGAUAUUCUUUGCCAAUGGAAGAUCCAACCCAGCCAAAAGGGGAAAUAAAUGCUAUUGGUGGGACGUGGAGACAAUCCAUAAAAGUUGCAUUCGAGGCCACAAAAGAAGCAUUCCCUGGUGGGGAUAUUAUGGCACAUCUUGAUCAGAAGAGUUUCAAGAGCUGGCAAAAAAACGCUAUUACAGGUUAUCUAGGUGAGCAGAACAUUAAAAUCGGCAAGCCGGCUGACUUCUGUUGAUGUAGAUUGGUGUAGUGGACAAUUCACUUAUUGUGGAUGCCGGAAGCUUGGGAUUUUGGGAUGCUAUUUUGCUAUCAUAAUGCAAGCACCGGAUUCUAAUUGAUCUUGCAGGCGAGUUUUUGGUGUAGGCUAUGGAUAAGAAAUGAUUGCUGAUAUUUGAUAUUUUCAUGUUAUGUUAAUUGAUUGGAUCGUAAUUAUUAUACACCAAGAUAACUUGGUAGCGGGAGUAAUAAAGUACUAUUGAAGUAAAUGAAUAUUGUGCUCGUCUUUUUCAAUAGUUUA